AUGGCAUUUGCAGCUAUUAAUUCAGCUGGCAGCUCUGUCAUUACGCCUAUCACUGUUAUCGAAGAGGCUUUCGCGACCGAGCCCUCCUUGAAGAAGCGAGUUUACGAUGCGAUCGGAGCUACACCGCAAAAUACGUCUUUGUUCGAGGACCUUGCUCGAUACACCUCCGCCCUGCUGGCCAGGAGCACCACUACAUCAUCCCUCCCGUUUGUGCCGCCCCCCGAGGGGCCAGCCGCGAAGAAACGCAAAAUAGAGAAUGGACAAGAAUCCAUCGAUUUGAAAGAUCCUAAUUUGCCAGUUCAAUUCUAUGUUAAAGAUGUCUCGUUUUCUAUGCCACAACGCAAGAAACUUACACUCGAGAUUACUGCUGGAGCCGAAUACCUUCGCGCCAGGAAUCAAACUACAAAGCAGAUUGAAUUCGGAGUACCCAUGAACCGGAUCCGUCAUGCCUUGUCUCUUCCCGUCCCCGAAAAAGCCCAGAAACAGUUCAACUUUUGCAUUAUUCCUGAGUAUGCUGAUGGCACCACUCCACCGCCGGCGGGUGUGAUGGUCUGGGAUUGUAUGGUUUUUACGGUGCCUGAUGGCCCGGCUAAAACUGCGUUCUCUGGAUCAGGAGAGCAACUCGGUCAUAAUAAGGGCGAGACCCUGGAGGCUUUGAUUCGCAAGAUCUUGAAUCAGAAUUUGCCGCAUCUGCCGCAUCUCCCGGCUAUGCCGAAGAAAGUUAAGAAGAAUGAGAAGAGUGGGAAGAGUGAGGAGGGUGAAGAGAGUGAUGAGAGCGAGGAGAUCGAGGAAAAUGAGAAGAGUGAGAAGGUUGACCGGCCUCAAACCAGUAAAUUUGUGAGCUUCUUCACUGAGGCCCAACACAAGGGCGAGAAAUCCUAUCAUGUAAAGGGUAACCGAGGUAGCAAAGAUGGCUACCUCUUCUUCCUAUCCACUGGAGUCUUGUUCGCUUUCAAGAAACCACUUCUGUUCUUCCCCACCGAUCGCAUUGCAUCUUUUGCAAUUCCACAGGUCGUGUCGCGCUCAUUUACUCUAAUCUUGCGCACCAAACCCAGAAACGGCACUGAAGAGGGUCAGACGGAAUUCGAAUUCACUAUGAUUCAUGUGGAGGAGGAUCCUAAAAUUCGCAAGUACUUUGAGCGCUGGGUUCGAGAGGUCAAAUUCGAUCAAAAAGAUGUGGAAAAGGAACAUCGUGCCAAGGAGCAAAUUGCCAACGGGACCAAAAAGGGAAAGAAACGGAAUGCAUCUAGCAAUGCUAAGGCUGAUGCUAAAGAGGAAGAGAGUGAGCUACAAAAGGCCUUUCGGGAUUAUGAAAACCAGGAAGACGAUGAUGAAUCCGAUGAGGAAGACUAUGAUCCUGGCAAUGAGGGUGAGAGUGAAGGGAGUGGUCCAAGUAGUGAUGAGGAAGACGACGACGACGACGAGGAGGAGGAGGACGACGACGAUCAAGAUGAUCAAGAAGAUUAA